CGUUCGACGAGAUAUUUAAAUCCAGAAUAUGAAGAGACACCAUUGUUAUAAACGAAGUCUGACUUGAAUGGACAUUUAAAACAUUUGCCUCGGCACAGGCGUCCUUUGGAUUUUGUGCUUUAUCAUCAGUGUUGUUCUGAGCGUUGGGAUUUAUUAAAUGGAAAUAGGAAUAUAGUGGUCAGAAGUCCUCAAGUUACCAUGUUUUCAUCGUUGAUAAAGCGGGUUGUUAUGAUAUAUGUCAUGAUGGAGUUAAUUGUCGCAAUGAUUCCUGACUUUCAAUCCAAAGAUGACAUGGACUUUCUUGAUGUCACAGUCAAGGUCUCCACACACGUUGACAGAAUAUCGAGGUCAACUGACUUACCCAGUCAACUUCUUGUCAGCUUGAACAUCAGCAAUGAUCAGAUUACAUAUCAUCUAACAGAAAACGAAGAAAUAAGCUGGAAUGUACCAAUUUAUACAUCUGACACCGAAGGAGCACUAAUAGUUGAACAUAUCGCAUCAUCAGGGAAUGUGAAACACUAUCAAGACCAAAACCAUGAGGCUUCUUUCAUGAUAGAAAGAAACGACUCAUCGUCAUGCAUGAUUGCCAUAUUUUUAUAUAAAAGGGAAGAGUAUGUGAUGAGACCAGAACACUGUCUGUUUGAUUUUGAGAGAAACAUGAACUACAGAAUUUCUAAAGUGAAAAGAAAUCCCUUUUCAGACAGUUACGCAGUGAAAUCGGAUAUUGAUAGACAGAGUUUCUCUACCGGUAAAGAAAGGAAACUGUCAAGACACAAGCGACAGAGCACGGACUACAAGAUAGAAAUGUUCUUAAUCAUAGACUAUUCAAUCUAUAUUUAUUGGUAUACCCAGAGCCAAGCAACGACAACAGUUGGUAAAGACGCAGAAGCUAAAGACAACAUUCGGCAGUUCUAUUCUUUUGUUAUAAAUGGAAUGGAUGUUCGUUUUAAGAAUAUUCAAUCCUCAUACACUAUUUCCAUUUUGUAUUCUGGAAUAUACAUCGCAGAUACACCAUCUAAAGCACAAUUUAUUGAAAGCAAGAAAUUUUCGUCCUCCUCCGGAACUCAAGUUGACUCUUCCGUCGCUCUUGAUGCAGUCACUGCUUGGAUAAAAAAUUCUAUGGGGAUUCCUGAACACGACCACGCUAUGCUGUUUACGAGGUAUGAUUUGACAAGUGAUGGAUCUUCUAGCAAUGCAGGACUCGCAUACCUAUCGGAAAUGUGUGCGGACAAUUCAGUGUCGGUGGUGGAAGACCAUUUUGAUUUCAGAGUGCUUACUACAGCAGCGCAUGAAUUAGGACACGGGUUGAGUGCUAAACACGACGGGGAUGGAAAUACAUGCAAUGGUACCAGCUAUUUUAUAAUGGCCUCAUUCAGUGAACCUGUACAAAACCAAAAUCCAUGGAAGUUUUCACCAUGCUCUGUCGACUAUUUCACAACUUUUAUCAACAAACUCAAUCAGGAUGGCAAAAAUUGUAUGACUGUACUGAGUCCUAACUAUAACCCUGGGGCACUACAACAAUACACGUCACUUCCUGGAGAAAUAUAUGAUGCCGAUUCUCAUUGCAGACACAUUUUUGGAGCAGGUUCUUCGUUAUGUCAGAACCCAUAUAAUAAAACCUUUUCGACAAUUUGCACUAUAUUGUGGUGUACGAAACCUGAUGGAAGUGGUCUGUGUAACAGUGCUGUUCCUGGAGAUGGCCUUCAUUGUGGAAAUAAAAAGUGGUGCAUUUCGGGCGAAUGCAAAUACGAUGAGUGUGCCCCUCCUGGCGAUGAGACGUGUUUAUAUGGGGAUACUCAAGGUGUAGUCAUUACAUAUAACAACAAGGAAACCACCUGUUCUUUUGAGGACAUCAAAAAUGAUCCAUCUGUUUGUUAUCACGUGAAAGAUAAAUGUUGCCAGCAAUGCAGACAUUUCUACACUGGAAUAGCAGGAUGUGAAUACGGUGACAAAACAUCAGGAUGUACAACACAACAUUGUCCUGCGAAUCCUUCUCUUUGCUGUGGUACAUGCCAUAGUGGUCCUACACCUACUACGCCUUCACAGGAACCAACAACAACCAACAAUAAGAAUCCUUGUAAAUCAUCAUUAACAACAGCAACACCAACGCCCUCUUCUACCUUUACAACAACUACACCAAAAUCACCUUCUUAUGUGUUCAGAUUGACUGUCACCUUCAUGAUUGAUAUAACAGAUGAUUUGUCAAAUAAUGCUGUGAAAGAAAGUGUAAUUUCUAAAGUGCAGGCAGCGGACUGAAGUUUGUAAGCUGCAUUGUAAGAAACAUAAGAAAAGGUAGUUUGAACGUUGAUUAUGAAGUUUACACAGCAAUGAAUUCCCAAGUGGUAGCCGACAUGACAUUUAUUUCCAAAGAUAUGGUUACAGG